CCCGCUCUGACUCUAUUCACUAAGGUAAUGAAACCUCGUAUCUCCAGACUGGUUUCUACUUUACCCGCUCUGACUCUAUUCACUAAGGUAAUGAAACCUCGUAUCUCCAGACUGGUUUCUACUUUACCCGCUCUGACUCUAUUCACUAAGGUAAUGAAACCUCGUAUCUCCAGACUGGUUUCUACUUUACCCGCUCUGACUCUAUUCACUAAGGUAAUGAAACCUCGUAUCUCCAGACUGGUUUCUACUUUACCCGCUCUGACUCUAUUCACUAAGGUAAUGAAACCUCGUAUCUCCAGACUGGUUUCUACUUUACCCGCUCUGACUCUAUUCACUAAGGUAAUGAAACCUCGUAUCUCCAGACUGGUUUCUACUUUACCCGCUCUGACUCUAUUCACUAAGGAUCCGUGUCCUCUGUGUGAUGAAGCUAAAGAACAGCUGGAACCUUUCAAGCACAGAUUUGUCCUCCAUCAGGUGGACAUCAGCCUCCCAGAGAACCGUCUGUGGUGGGACAGGUACAGGUGGGACAUACCUGUGUUCCACCUGAACGGACGGGAGGUGAUGAAGCACAGAGUGGACGUCGUCCUGCUGGACAAGCUGCUGAAGGAGACAUGAGACACUGAUUAUUCAUUGUUAUGAUCAAUAAUCAAUAAACACCAAUGAUCAAUAGAUGGUUCCUCCCUGCCUCUUCUUCUGGGUUCAUUACAGAAAACCAAUCAGAACAGCCCGUCCUUGUGAUGUCA